AUGGCGUCGUCUUCGAGCUCGCCAUGCGCGGCGUGCAAAUUCCUGCGGCGAAAGUGCGUCCCCGGCUGCGUCUUCGCACCCUACUUCCCGCAGGACGAGUCGGCGAGGUUCGUAAACGUGCACCGAGUGUUCGGAGCCAGCAACGUGGCCAAGAUCCUGAACGACCUCCCGCCGGCUGGCCGGCGGGACGCCGUGACUUCCCUCUGUUUCGAGGCCGAGGUGCAGCUCCAGGACCCCGUCCACGGGUGCCUGGGGUACAUCCUGACCCUCCAGCACCAGCUACAGGAAAUACAACAGACCAAUGCUGUGAUCAAGAGGGAGAUCCAAGCUCUCCAUCCUCAGGCGAGCUUAGAUGGGAUAACCCUGCCGCCGAUGCCGACGGCGCUGGAGCCGUCGUACCAUCACCCGAUGCAGAUCACAGAGCAACAGGAUGUGCUCCAAGGCGGCGACCAACAUCAACAUCAGCAUCAAAAUCUCGGUGCCCAUCCCCACCAGCAACUCGACACAAUGAGGUAUAACGAGGGAAUAAUGAACUCUGGAGGGGGCCCGCCUACGGUGCUGGCUCUGGCUCCGCAGCAGUUCCACAGCCCCACAAAUCAUCACCCUUACUAUCAAGAUCAGAGGCAGAAUUAA